GCAGUAGAAUACAGUGCUGGUAGCGCCAGUUGUUCAGAACUAUGAUAAACAAUCUCGGAAGAAGCAUAACAUCUUGUGCGAUUUUGUAGAAUAAUAAUUUUCACCUGAAGUUAUUGACGCGCGAAUCGAAUUGUAGGGUGUCGACAAGUGCCAUACGAACAAGAGUAAAUUAGUAAAUAAUUGAAAUGGGUAGCACGGAUAAAGCUGUGAUCACGGGUUUUAUAUGCAGACUUUGCAGUAAGAUGAAUCGUUUCGUGAUCCAUAUAUACGGCGAAGAGGGUGAGAGAAUGAAACUUGCCGAAAAAAUAAAUGCUUAUCUCCCAAUUACGGUAAACAUGAAUGAUCCAUUACCUAAAACCGCAUGUCUACAUUGUAUUGAGCGGCUAGAAGCUCAUCAUGAAUUAAUGGAACAAUUUUUAUUAGCUAAACGAAGGUUAACUACACAGAAUAAAUCAUCAACAGUUGCAUCAACCUCUACACAAACUGUUGAUACUGCACCAACAUCUAGUCCACCUCCAUGUUGACAUAUAGAAUUAAAAGCAGAUUUUAUCGCUCAAUAUUAUUGAACAUUUUCUAUAUCUUAUUAGUAUUGUUAUUUUAGUAAUUUAUUACUAGAGAAACAAAAUUUUUUGUUAAACAAAAUCGUAUAUACAUAAUUAAUUGGUUCAACAAUUUAUUAAAAUUAUUUUUGAAAAUUUUCUUCUUGAAAUAUCUUAUAGAUGUUUUCGAUGUAAAAGCUUCAUUUUGUAUAAACUUUCUCAUUUUUUACAUCAGUUAUUACAGACGUUUUUUAUUGAUA